UCUUCCAAUAUCCAUCGAUUCACAUGUUUCUUUUGCACUUUUCAGAUUCUUUUCUGGACAAAACUCCAUUUCUCUCUCUCUAAUUCCAUUUUCAUCAGGGUUUUUGCUUUCUGUUACAUAAAACCUUCCAACAGUUGCAACCUCCCUCAAUCCCUUCCUCUCUCUGAUGCUAUCUUAGAUUCAUCUUUGAUCUUCUUGAAUUCAUCACUCAAGAAGCUCAUAGAUUCUGGUUUUGUGUGCAUUAGAGAAGAAGGGGGUUUCUUGAAAUGGAAGCUGUCAUACAAACAAAAGGGCUUCUUUCCUUCCCGUCUAACCCCAAACCCAAAUCGUUCUUUAACCAACCACAAUCGGGUCUUAGACACCGAUUCAAUCUUCCAAAUUCUUUAAAACCCAAAUCAACAAAUGGGCUUUCUUUAAAUCUUGAUGGGUUUACGAAAUUUAGAAGUUUUACAACAAACCCUAGCCUAGUUUGUGGCCGGAAAACAAAAACUUUUCAUGUCUGCAAGGCAUCGGCUGCCGCCGCCGCCAACGCCGUCCCCGGCGGCGAUGGGUUGGAGUCAGCCAAGUUUAUGGGUGUUGAAGUUGUGACCCUCAAAAAGAUUGUUCCCUUAGGGUUAAUGUUUUUCUGUAUACUUUUUAAUUACACUAUUCUUAGGGAUACAAAAGAUGUUCUGGUUGUAACAGCUCAGGGUUCAAGUGCUGAAAUCAUUCCCUUUUUGAAAACUUGGGUUAAUUUGCCUAUGGCAAUUGGGUUUAUGUUGUUAUACACCAAAUUGUCGAAUGUGUUGUCGAAAAAGGCUCUUUUCUAUACUGUAAUUCUUCCAUUUAUUGCUUUCUUUGGGGCAUUUGGGUUUGUUUUCUAUCCUCUUAGCAAUCUGAUUCACCCAACAGCUCUUGCUGAUAGACUUCUUGAGUUUUUGGGUCCUCGGUUUCUUGGACCUCUGGCGAUUUUAAGGAUUUGGAGUUUCUGUUUGUUCUAUGUGAUGGCUGAGCUGUGGGGGAGUGUGGUGGUUUCGGUUCUGUUUUGGGGGUUCGCGAAUCAGAUAACAACCGUAGAUGAAGCCAAGAAAUUUUACCCUCUGUUUGGACUUGGAGCAAAUGUUGCUUUGAUCUUCUCCGGACGAACAGUGAAAUACUUCUCGAAUAUGAGAAAACACUUGGGUCCGGGAGUUGACGGAUGGGCCAUUUCAUUGAAAUAUAUGAUGAGCAUUGUCGUGCUUAUGGGGUUUGCUAUUUGCGGUCUUUAUUGGUGGGUGAAUACUUACGUUCCCCUUCCUACUCGUAGCAAGAAAAAGAAGGAAAAGCCAAACAUGACGACGAUGGAGAGUUUGAAGUUCUUGGUGUCUUCACCGUACAUUAGGGAUCUAGCGACAUUGGUGGUAGCAUACGGUAUUAGCAUUAAUCUUGUCGAGGUUACAUGGAAAUCUAAGCUCAAAGCCCAGUUUCCUAGUCCGAAUGAAUACUCUUCUUUCAUGGGCGAUUUCUCGACUGCAACUGGAAUAACAACGUUCACGAUGAUGUUGCUAAGCCAAUGGAUAUUCAACAAAUAUGGGUGGGGCGUUGCAGCCAAAAUCACACCCACGGUUCUGCUUCUAACCGGGAUCGGCUUCUUCUCUUUGAUUUUGUUCGGUGAUCCGCUUGGACCAGGUCUCAUGACGUUCGGGAUCACACCACUUUUAGCAGCGGUUUACGUGGGUGCAAUGCAAAAUAUAUUCAGCAAGAGUGCCAAAUACAGUCUCUUUGAUCCCUGCAAGGAAAUGGCCUAUAUUCCUUUGGACGAAGAUACCAAGGUUAAAGGCAAGGCGGCCAUCGAUGUGGUGUGCAACCCAUUGGGGAAAUCCGGGGGUGCGUUGAUCCAGCAAUUCAUGAUCUUAACGUUCGGUUCGCUUGCAAACUCGACACCGUAUCUUGGUGGGAUACUUCUUGUGAUCGUUCUUGCGUGGUUAGGGGCAGCAAGGUCAUUAGACAAGCAGUUUACGGCUUUGAGACGGGAGGAAGAGCUCGAGAAGGAGAUGGAGAGGGCUGCAGUCAAAAUUCCGGUGGUGUCUACGGACGGAGACGAUAACCGAUCUCUUGGCAGCUCGCCGGAAACAUCAUUUCCACGAAAUUCUUGAAGAAAAUAUCAUCUAUAUGUGCUGGUUUUAUAGGAUCUGAAUGAUCAGAGGCAUGGUGCUGAAUGUUGAUAGUCUUUGAUCUUUACUAGUUUGUUAGUUUUCUUCAUCUAAAUCUGUGUAGUAACAUCAUUUUGAUAUUUGAUAUUAGUUUGGUGGAAUCUGUUAUUAAAGCAUUUUUAA